AGAAGACCAGAAGGGAACGAUUUAGAGGCUACACUUACUUUCCGGUGUCAGCUGUUCGUACAUAUUUUUGCAAUGAGUUUUGAGUGGCCCUGGCAAUAUAAUUUCCCUCCGUUUUUUACGUAAGUUAACACAUUUCACAACUAAACUGUGAUUCCAGGUAUAAAUAAGUAUUGUAUUGUAUUUGCGAAUCAAAUUGUUGACCUGCUUUUAAAAUAAUGCUAGCUAGCUAGGGAAGUUAGCUUUAGCCAUAUUUUUUGUUAGAAAAAAUCGAAACAAGGUUUCGAUGCAAUGAAUGAUUGCAGUGUUUUUCUCAACAUGUAGCUAGCUAGAUUGCCGUGCUUCUUGAUGUUAUAGCUACUUAGUUUGUCAUUAUAGUUAGCUAUCUACGGAUUGCAAUAAAUCAUAGGUAGCUAUCUGGAUAGUAAAGCUUGUUAGCUAAGAUGGUAAAUUGUCUUGAGCAUUGCAUUCAAUUUGCUAAUUUGCAACACAUAAUGUAUGAGGUGGUUGUGUUCCCAGCAAACGUUUGAUUAUUAUUCACCACUCAAACUUAAUCAAACUUGCAUAACUGUUAGUGAGUGAUUAGCUAGGUACUUCUGUCUCUUAAUUUAGCUACAUGCCAAUAUAAAUUGAUGCAAUGGUUGCUUUUGGUUGUUCACAGGUUACAGCCCAAUGUUGACACCAGACAGAAACAGCUUGCAGCAUGGCGCUCCCUCGCUCUGUCCUAUUGCCGCCAUCACAAGCUCUACACAUUGGACGUCAUGGAAGCCCAAGAGUGCCCUGUGUUCAACCACAAGAAUAUCGAUAGUAUCCUUUUAUUUACCUUGUGCUAAGUUUCACUUACUGACAUACGUCAUAGGUCUAACCAACCCAAAGAAACCACAGGAGGCCAUCUCUGGAUCUACUGUCCUGUUAUUUGUUGUUGGAUAGUGACUUUGAGGCUAGGGAAAGGUAAUAACUUAGAAACUUUAUAAGGAUGUUCUCUGAAUGUUUCCCCUCAUAUCUGCUAGAAACCUUAACUGAUCUUGCAGGAAAACUAUCAACAGAGGCCAUACUAAUUGUUUUUGAGGAAUUGAGGAAAAAAGGUAACAGGACUGCUUUCAUUGAAAGAUGGAUUAGGACACUUAUUCUGACACUAACAAUAAUUUAACUGGAUGUUGCUUGCAGGGAACCUGGAAUGGUUAGACAAGAACAAGACACGGUGUCUAGUCAUGUGGAGGAGGCCAGAGGAAUGGGGCAAACUGAUUUACCAGUGGGUGAGUGAUCUGCUAUGGGCCCCGGUCUAAAGGAAUACACUAAAUAGGGAGUAGGGUGCUUUUCUGGACGCAGCCUUGAUCUCCUUUUACAUUGUUGGAAGAAUACUGUAAUGUAGCAUCAGUAUAGAAGAUAUGCUGGGGUCUAGUAGAUUUCCUAGUAAUAGUCUAAAUCCUGGUGUUGUCGUCCGUACGCUGUUGUUGAUACUUCUUGAUGGAGUUCAUGUUUCCUCUCCCUAUAAUUUCAGGUCUCUAAAAACGGUAUGGUCAAUUCAGUGUUUACACUCUACGAGCUCGCCAACGGUGACGACACAGAAAGCGAAGGUAAAGCAACAGAAAUGUGCAUUUCUGACAUACAGUGCAUUCGGAAAGUAUUCAGACCCCUUGACUUUUUCCACAUUUUGUUACGUUACAGCCUAGUUUUUUCCCUCAUCAAUCUACACACAAUUCCCAAUAAUGACAAAGCGAAAACAGGUUUUUCAAAAUUUUUGCAAAUUUAUAAAAAAUUAAAAACAGAAAUACCAUAUUUACAUAAGUAUUCAGACCCUUUGCUAUGAGACUUGAAAUUGAGCUCAGGCGCAUCCUGUUUCCAUUGAUCAUCCUUGAGAUGUUUCUACAACUUGAUUGGAGUCCACCUGUGGUAAAUUCAAUUGAUUAGACAUGAUUUGGAAAGGCACACACCUGUCUGUAUAAGGUCCCACAGUUGACAGUGCAUGUCAGAGCAAAACCAAGCCAUGAGGUCGAAGGAAUUGUCCGUAGAGCUCCGAGACAGGAUUGUGUCGAGGAACAGAUCUGGGGAAGGGUACCGAAAACUGUCUGCAGCAUUGAAGGUACCCAAGAACACAGUGGCCUCCAUCAUUCUUAAAUGGAAGAAGUUUGGAACCACCAAGACUCUUCCUAGAGCUGGCCGCCUGACCAAACUGAGCAAUCGGGGGGAAAAGGGCCUUGGUCAGGGAGGUGACCAAGAACCCGAUGGUCACUCUGACAGAGCUCCAGAGUUCCUCUGUGGAGAUGGGAGAACCUUCCAGAAGGACAACCAUCUCUGCAGCACUCCACCCCAAUCAGGCCUUUAUGGUAGAGUGGCCAGACAAAAGCCACUCUUCAGUAAAAGGCACAUGACAGCCCGCUUGGAGUUUGCCAAAAGGCACCUAAAGGACUCUCAGACCAUGAGAAACAAGAUUCUCUGGUCUGAUGAAACCAAGAUAGAACUCUUUGGCCUGAGUACUGAGUAAAGGGUCGGAAUACUUAUGUAAAUAUAAUGUGUUCUGUUUUUUAUUUUUUAAUACAUUUGCUUUAAAAAAAAUAAUUAAGAACUGAUUUUGCUUUGUCAUUAUGGAGUAUUGUGUGUUGAUUGAUGAGGGGGAAAAAAACAAUUUAAUCCAUUUUAGAAUAGGGCUGUAACGUAACAAAAUGUGGAAAAGGUCAAGGGGUCUGAAUACUUUACGAAUGCACUGUAUUUCCUUCUGUUCAUCCAUACCAAAAUACAUUUGGACUAUUUUAUACAAUCUGUUAAGCUGUACAGCAAAAGUAAUUAGCUAUAAAACAUUUCCCCCAGAAUUCCAUGGGCUGGAGGAGUGGAUGCUGAUUCGCUCGCUGCUGGCCCUGCAGACGGACGGCAAGGCAGAGGUCAUCACCAUGGACGACGGGAAGGGGGUCAAGUUCUUCUGAAGAGGCAUUGCAUUGUGGGAUUGCUCAAGUGCUCAACUCAGACUGGGAACCUUUAUCCUUAAAGGCUGUGAGAGUGCUGAUAGCCUGUUCCCAGAUCUGUUUGUGUUGUCCUGCUAACUCUUGUGGUCAUUGGUGUGACACAGGAUGUGCAAGACAGUGCAAACAGAUCUGGGACCAUGUUGAUGAGGGUUCUGCUGUUUAAAAGGCUAUUAUUUUCACCUCGGAACCCAAUCCACAUCGUUGAUGAGAACAAUAGUCCUCAUUUGGUUUUUAGGAAGUUGCCUUUUUUGGUUCACAUAAGUUGAAUGCAUUUUCUUAUUAGAAGAAAACGAAUCUAGCUAGUAAAUUUACAUUUUAGUCAUUUAGCA